AUGGCAUCAGAAAAUGCCACACAGAUGGCAGCCUCUCUCUCCAGCAGCGUCUCCCACGCGUUGGCCUCGCCCAGCAUGAGUGCCCUCGCAAACCAGACAGCCGCCCAAGAGUCCACCAGCUGGCUGGGCUUAUUUGGGCGGCUUAUUCUGUCGCUUUUGAACCUGAUCACCACUAUUCUGUACUGGGUCAUUCGGAUUGCCACGAUUAGCGUGCCCACCAUCCUUUUCACCUUGUUUUCCACCAGCUGGACGGUCACCAUGAAUGCAACCACUCUGAUGUUCAUUCUGGCGGGCAUCGUUUCCGCGGUGAGCUGGGUUGUGCGCUACCGCAUCCUCAACAUGUACUCGCGACUGCCACCAGAGCCCCAGCGCAAAGAGCCCGAUAUCGACCUGUUCCCGGAUACCCAUGACGAGGGAAUUAAGUCGGGCCUCUCGAGCUAUCUGGAUGAGUUUUUGAGCGCAAUCAAGAUAUUUGGUUACCUCGAGCGUCCUGUCUUCCAUGAGCUCACUCGGAGCAUGCAGACUCGAAAACUUAUAGCUGGCGAGACCAUCAACCUCGAGGAAGAGAAAGGCUUCUGCAUUGUUGUUGAUGGGCUGGUUCAAAUUUUUGUCAAAUCGGGCUUGGAUCCAAGGGCCAAUGCUGCCGACCAUGGUGAUGGUUACGAGGACGAUGAUAUGAAUCCAGGGCACCAAAGAUACCAGCUCUUGACAGAGGUGCGAAAUGGUGCCCCGAUGUCGUCACUGUUUUCCAUUAUGUCGCUCUUCACUGAAGAUGUCAAACUGGAUCACGUUGAUGAGCAAUCGCAUCCAUCAUCCAGGCGGCAUAGCAGAAGGAACCUCAGUUUUCACAAGACAUUUAGCAUGCAGGGAUCUCCAGACGUCACUUCCUCAAUGCCUACCAGCCCCAAGCUUGGAUCUGGAACAGGAAAUCAAGGUCCCCCUCCGGAUCAUGAGAUGAGGCACCGGACUACACCAGACCCCAACUCGUCGAGAAUUCCGCAUAUGUCCUUGGACGGGGCUACACCCCCAAACCGUCCGAGGUUGUUUCACAAAACAACUUCCGGUUCAGCUCACCCUGAUAUCAUUGCGCGAGCCACAGUCGACACAACUAUUGCCAUCAUCCCAGCAAGCGCCUUCCGUCGAUUGAUUAAAGUCUACCCCAAGGCGACAUCGCACAUUGUUCAUGUUAUUCUUUCUCGCUUCCAAAGAGUAACAUUGUCACAUGCGUUCAACUACUUGGGUCUGACUGGCGAGGUGUUGCAGACUGAAAAGAACAUGAUUAAGCAUACCGUUUGUCAGCUCCCCAAUGUCCUUCGAGGUGAUGCUCUCUCGAGGCUGAAGGAAAAAUUCAGCCAAGAGCGCGAGAAGAGCAAUGACGAUGAUCGAGCAAAAGGAAUUGCGCUCCACAAUCCAGUAACGCCUCGCCGUCGGCGGUCUAGUAGCGGUGCUCUCCGCAAAGAGGCGAUGCUGCACUCCAUGAACAUGAGUUCUGCAUCUCCUAUGACGGAUAAACAUAGAUGGGCCGCCCCACCUACCCCGAGGCCUGGCGACCUGCUGGGGAGCAUCCAAGUAGCCCGGGGAUUCAACAAGAGCUCUUUCUCUGAUCUACGAGGUAGUCCAUUGAUAGACGGCAGCAGAAAAGAUGACGUCAACCCGCUGUCGAAACGCACCUACAACCCAUUCAAUCCUCAAAAGGGUCGUAUCAACAUGGAUCCUCGCGAGUCGCUGGAUGAGGACAACCUGUUUAGAGCAUCGAUAUUAGAGUGCAUGUUCAAGGCUCUUGGCCUACACAACAGCGGCCCUUUCUCUCAUGAAUCCGAGUCGAUAGAGGCAUCACCAAGAUUGGUGGCUAUGGACACAAAGCGUACGAGGGCACUGUUUUCAAACAAUGCCUUUGGCAUCAUGGGUCCUUUUGAUGGCCCUGGCGACGGUGACUCGGAGUCCGUUACCUCUAGUGGCAUAGCGAUGAACUCACCGCCCAGUCCUCAGAGCUUGUCCGAUGACAUGAAACACGAAGUUGAGAUCGUCUUCUUCCCGAAGGGCUCUGUGCUUGUGGAACAAGGCGAGCGUAAUCCCGGUCUCUACUAUGUUGUCGAUGGAUUUCUUGAUAUUGGUACAACGAGCACGAGCGAUCCUCACAAUCUCUUUCCUACGCCGGAAUCGGAUUUUGUGGGUGUCGAUAAUGAUGAUGAGCCAUCGAUACUGGAAUCGUUCCCAACCCUGGCUCGGACCGAAACUGCCCGCGAGAAGGACGAGUUCCAGAAACACUCCGGAACACAUCGCAGAAGCGUGGCUUUGGUCAAGCCAGGUGGUUUAGCUGGGUAUAUCGGGAGCGUCUCUUCGUACAGAUCUUUCAUUGAUGUGGUUGCUAAAACUGACGUCUACGUCGGAUUUUUACCUCGUGCUUCUCUGGAACGCAUCGUGGACAAGUAUCCCAUCAUUCUACUCACCAUGGCCAAGAGAUUAACCAACAUUCUCCCAAGACUGAUCUUGCACAUUGACUUUGCCUUGGAAUGGGUUCAGGUCAACGCAGGGCAAGUCAUAUACCACAACAACGAUGAGAGCGAUGCUAUCUACGUUGUUCUUAACGGUCGGCUGCGGCUAGUUGAACAAAAGAAGGGAGGUGCGAUUAGUGCCCGUGCUGAAUUUGGUCAAGGCGAGAGUGUUGGAGAGCUCGAAGUCUUGACGGAAACUGCUCGUGCUGGGACCUUGCACGCCAUCAGAGACACUGAGCUUGUCAAGUUUCCGAAGACACUCUUCAACAGCUUAGCCCAAGAACACCCCAAUAUCACAAUCAAGAUAUCCAAAAUCAUCGCUUCUCGCAUGAGGGCGGUUCUCGAGGAUCCUACAAGCUACCAGGGCAUAGAAACAACCGCUGGUGCAGUUGCAAACCAGCGCAAGUCUGCGAUGAAUCUCCGGACUGUUGCCAUCUUGCCUGUCACAGCCGGUGUUCCCGUUGUUGAGUUUGGCAACCGAUUACUGAAUGCACUUGCGCAAGUCGGCCCGCCCAAUGGUGCUACAUCCCUCCACCAGACAGCGAUUCUUAAGCACCUUGGAAAACAUGCCUUCAACAAGAUGGGAAAGUUGAGACUGUCUCAGUAUCUCGCGGAUCUCGAAGAGAAGUUUGGUCUCGUGGUGUAUAUUGCAGAUACCAACGUUAACUCACCUUGGACUCAAACAUGCAUUUCCCAAGCUGAUAGCAUUCUACUUGUCGGUGUGGCCGAAGGAUCACCUGCCAUCGGGGAGUACGAACGCUUCAUGCUAGGAAUGAAGUCGACAGCCCGAAAGACGCUUGUCCUUCUCCACACGGAACGUCUAUCUCCACCAGGACUAACAAGAGCUUGGCUUCGAAAUCGAAUGUGGAUCAAUGGAGGUCAUUUCCAUAUUCAAAUGGCUUUUCGAAUGAAUCCUAUCCCAGUUCACCCACCGUCAAAGAAACUCGGCCAGGCUUUGAAGGAGCGGGUUCAGGUUCUGCAAGCAGAAAUUCAGAAGUACACGUCGACGAAAAAGGUUCAUCACACCCCGUACUACUCACCUGAAACCCCCUACAAGGGAGAUUUCCAUCGGCUCGCUCGACGUCUGUGUGGCAAGUCUAUUGGCCUUGUUCUAGGCGGAGGCGGAGCACGAGGUAUCAGUCAAAUCGGUAUUAUCAAGGCUCUUGAAGAGGCUGGUAUCCCGAUAGACAUGGUUGGGGGGACAUCCAUCGGUGCUUUUGUAGGUGCUCUCUAUGCACGGCAUGCAGACAUAGUUCCCAUGUUUGGUUUCGCGAAGAGAUUCGCUGGCCGCAUGGCAAGUCUGUGGCGAUUUGCCUUGGACUUGACGUAUCCUUCUGCCUCGUACACUACAGGGCAUGAGUUCAACAGAGGUAUCUUCAAAGCUUUUGGAGAUACCCAGAUUGAGGACUUUUGGCUGGAGUACUACUGCAAUACAACAAACAUCAGCAAAAGUCGAGCCGAGUUCCACACCAGCGGCUACGCAUGGAGGUAUAUCAGAGCUUCCAUGUCUCUGGCUGGAUUACUACCUCCACUGAGUGACGAGGGUAGUAUGUUACUCGAUGGAGGGUACGUGGACAAUCUAACAGUGUCUCACAUGAAGGGUCUUGGCGUAGAUAUUAUCUUCGCCAUUGACGUCGGUGCUCUGGAUGACGACACACCUCAGACAUACGGCGAUUCGUUGUCCGGGGUGUGGGCAUUCUUCAAUCGGUGGAAUCCUUUCUCGCCGCAUCCAAAUCCACCUACCUUGGCAGAAAUCCAAGCACGGCUGGCUUAUGUCUCGAGUGUGGAUGCUCUUGAACGCGCCAAGAUCAUGCCAGGAUGCGUGUACAUGCGACCGCCAAUUGAUGAGUAUGGUACACUUGAUUUUGGCAAGUUUGAUGAGAUCUACAAUCUAGGGUAUAAAUAUGGUCAGGAAUUCAUCCAGAAGAUGAGGGAUAAGAAAGCUCUCCCCAUGUUGGAAGAGGCCGAGGCAAAGGAAGCUAUGCGGAGAACUACUGCUCCACGAAGAGCGAGCAUAUAA